CGCGGCCGGAAAGCGGUGGAGGCGGAGGAGGAUCAAGCCGGUGAGGCGGACAUGGCGCGGCUUCUCGCCCGAGAGGGGGGCGGCGAGGACGGCGCCAAAGCCCCGCCUCCAGCGCAGCGGCCUCCGGCGUCUCGGCGCGCGAUGCACCUUCUGGUCGCGGUCUUCCCCAUCCUGCUGGGGACUGCUCGCUACUUCGCCCCCAAGUCGUCCUACCCGGUGGCGAGCUUCCCCUCGUUUUGUGUCUCGGCUAAAGCUCGAGCCGACUGGAGGAAGGGCAGGCCGGCAAAGAACCACUCCAUCACGGUGCUGCGCGAGACGCGCCUGCUCGCCGCGCGUCCCGGAGAUGCCUCCUCGCCUACUACCCUCCGCUUCCUCGCGCGCGGGCACUUCCACCAGGUGGCGGACAGCGGAAACCAGUUGAACAGGCCGCCUUUCCGAUUGGGCUGCGACGAGGGGCUCAAGGGCCGCGUCGACCGGCUGCUGGAUGACCUCUACUCCAAGCCGCGCCGGUUUGCCUCGAGUGACGGCGGCUGGGACGGCGAUCCGGGCACCAUCACGCACCUGCAGUUUCUGGUGUCCAGAGUCAAGCUCGACGGGCAAAGUCUGCGGGCGGGUCUGGACACGGCGAAGAAGGUGGAGCAGAUUGUCCAGGUGUCGGUGCCUCGCCGCACCGUCGCGUCCGACGCCACCAAGGCGCGCGGUGCCGCGAGCGCCAUCUCGCCAAAGAGGGCCCCCUUCCUUCGGGCGGUCGCGGAUGCGCCAGAGUGGGCGCGAGCGUGCCCGCCUCCCGAAUGGGACACGAAGUGGCUCCUCUGUGCGCUCGACGACAGCGGCAAGAUGGGGGAGGUGCCACAAAUGUGGCCGCCGCCGCAGUGGCACCCGUGCGCCAAAGGCCCGUGCGACCUCGCUUGCCCGUCCCGGGCCGUGGCUAACGCUUCGGCUAGGAAGUGA